GGAGGAAUGGUCUGGAGAAGCUACCUCUCUGUCGCUGAGUAUGCUGGCAAAAUGGCGCACACUGUUCUGGUUGCUGUCCAGCGCGGCGUUAUAUGUGCAGCGCGAGGACGAGAGGGUGUGCGUAGGUUACUAGAUAAAGAGCUCGAAAGCUUCAUGUCGAGACCACUCCGUCAUGAAGCUGCUUCUGAUGUGGCUGUGGAACUGCUCCGCAGCUUUCACCGACGAAUUCGACGCAUUACUCUUUCACAUAGCAAACUCGACCACUCCGCAGCUUUCACCGACGAAUUUGGCGCACUCUGCAGACCGACCACACGUCAAUUUUCCUAAUCGCCUCCGCUGUUUCGAUUGCCUCCACCCCAUACACCGCUCUGCCUUCCAUCUUUACACCGACGUCCGCCGUUUCCACCAUCUCCACCCUGGAUACCGCGCCACCUUCUAUAUUCACGCUGACGUCCGCCGCCCAGUCUCAGCUGUGAACUCCCGCAACCGGUCGACUCUCUCCCUUCACGCUCUCGAAUUCCAACAGCAUAUCGGCCCUAGCUGCCUUCAAAUUGGCAGGAUACAGCGUCAUGGAAAUUUGUACAAGCGGAGACGGAUGCGAGAAGAUGUCCAAGGCGGCGGCGAAGGCGCACAGUCCGGUCAGGCGAUCGACUCACGCAACUGGUCGACUGUUUUCUCCUUUCUCUCCCUCGGACUCCGGUGGCGUAUCGGCCCCAGCCAACUUUAAGUGUGCUGCGAAGGCGCUCGGUCUGGUUAAGAGGCUCCGACGUCAGACUAAAGAAAGACUGCGAAUCGCAAGAGCUAACCAAGAGUGCUCUUCGCGCUAAGCGAACGACGGUAUCGAAAUUCAAAGAACUCGGCGUGGAAAACCCUGAUGAGGACGCUGUGUUGGAGGCCAUUUCUAUGCGUCGCAAAUCGGCCUCUCUCAAAAGCGUUAUGGAGGAAGCGGGUCGGA